AUAAUAUACUCAGUGGUACUCAGAAACCGUGAAACAGGUCACACGCAAAACAAUUGCAGAUUACAUAUUUACACACCAUAUGAAUAUUUCUAAAGUUACUCAUGCACAAUUUGAAUUGUGUUAGCUGUUCGGUGCUACUUUUUGAAAUAAUACAUUUGCCAUAUUCUGUGCCAUUCCGCGUUAUACAGCAACAUAAGCCUGGAUUCCACGAUUCAAUCAUAGGGUGCUUUAAGUUAACUAUGGGAGCCCGUAUGUUGUAUUUUUGCCCGCAUACGACACCCAAAGUUUUUUUCUACAUUUAAACGUGCUGAUGUUGUAUUUUAAACUGCACAACAAAAACAUUGGUGCAUUGUAAGAUGCCCAAGCAGGCUUUUCUACAUUCAAACAUGUCCAUGUGUUGUAUUUUAAAACUGCAUAAGAAAAAAAGAGAAAUUCAGUGAAACAACAUUAACCUACAGAGACGCUGUUCUCCGACGCGCUAUUCUCCGCCCUUGCCUCUGUACUUUUGAAAUGGUGGUCCUAUUCGUGCUAGCAAAAUGUCAGAAAUUAAACUAAUAAAAGUUAGUCCGUCAUCGUUUACCACGUCUUACAGGAGAUGCUGCUUGCGAGUCGCGCUUCUCGCCUAACGUCACGUGACUGCUGCUCUGCGCUGCCGCAGCUCGUGCUGAAUGGAACAGACGCGCGUCAGUCCGUUCCCGACUGAACUAAAUUUAGAGAUUCUUUUUCACACUGUGCUACUUGAAGGGCCGGAACAAAUUACAUCGAGGCCCGGUAAUAGAAUAAAAAAUAAAAAGAACAAAAAGCUGACAGUAAAUUUAUUCUGCGGUGCUUUUAUUUUCUUCCUGUGUCAGGUGUGUAAGUGACGUGGAAGCAGGCUUUUGAAAAAUUUGAAUGUAUUUGUUUGUCAUUCUGCUCCUCACAGCCAUCCAAUUUAACAUGCUUUGCUUUGUAAAAUCGGAGGUAAGGGAGGUUCUGUUUUUAUAUUACAUGGACACAUGGCUAAGACAGUUGCUUAUAGGCUGCACAAUGAACCAGGAAGAACUAAGAUUCUGUGGAAAAUACUGUCGGUGAGGUGGUCACAACGUUUCCAGAAUUACAAAACUGUUGUGAUUGGGCUGCAAAAAGGGAACAAUUAAACCUUUGCAUUCUGGAAAAAUGUUGAGGUCUGUUUGGAAUUUCUUCACCUCAGAUCCUAAUGUUAAGCAUGAAGACAGAAGGGAAACACAUGCUCGAGAACUGGAACCUCCAGAAAAGAAGAGUAUUGAUUCCAUUCAAGAGAAAACAGUCAAAGAGAGCAACGUGUCAUGCCCAUCACACCAUCUUACUACAGCUGCUCAUAGUGUUAAUGUUGCUGAAGAUGUGAGUAAAGCAAACAUCAAAAAACAAACAAGAUGGUCACUAGGAGGCAUCAAUAUUCACCUGAAACAAUAUGAUAAGCAGGAAGAAGACAACAAGUGUGGAGCUGGAGGACAAAAAUCUGAACAAUUUGAAGACAAGGACAAGAUCAAACAGCAACUGAAGCUGCUUUUCCGUAGACUCAAUCUGAGUCCUGUCCAACUGAAACCACAAGACUUUCUGCAGGUGACAUCACCAUCAAUGCAGAGACAUGAACCUUGUGAGGAGGAGAACUUGGUUCACACCUUCAUACAAAGACUCCUGAUGAUGGAUUACAGAGCAAGAUACCUUCCAAUAAAAGAAAGAAAACAUAAGGUGAACACACGAAGGAAAACAGGUUCAGGUGCAUGGGAGGGUGAUGCUUUUGAGAACAUUUUCAGGAGGUCAGCACCUGUUGAAGAAGUGAAUAAACAGCAUUCGCUUCACCCGAUGGACAUUCAGAUGGCAGCGCUUCUCCAUUCAGAUCCUUUUCUUCGUCAGCUCAUGGUAACUAAACUGUCACAAUGUCAGUAUGCCCUUCCUCUGCUUGUGCCCAGUCCUUUCAACCAAAAGAUUGAAUUUCCCUUAUGGACCUUCCGACAAAUCAGGAAGAGCUGGAAGUCGUAUGAGAAGAACAUCGGCAGAAACCAGGGAAUCCAUGAGGCAGAGACGCCCAUGGUUGCAUUCUUUAGGUUUUCAGCAAUCUCUACUUCCAAAUCUCAAAUUAUAAACACUCUGAUCAAUGAACGACAUGACACUUUCUUUCACAGACACUGCCGUGGAAGCAGCAAAUCUUGCGUACUGAUGGAUGGAGUGGUUGAAAUUGCCUGGUACUGCCCAUCUGGAGAGAAGACUGAUAAAUUCACAGAUUGUAUUGCAUUCUGUAAUCUUCACGGUGAUGCACAAGCUUAUGAGACACAGAUAAAAAUUCUGUCUGAGGAGUCCUCGAUAAAUGUUGUGCUUUUGCCCGAUCUAGAUAAGAGUGACAAAAGUAUGACAAUUGUGGAACAGCUGUACAACAACCCAAAGCCACUCAUCUGCCUGCUGACUGAAGACGAAUGUGUUCUUACAGAGAUGCAAAAAGACAAAUAUAAAAUCGGUUUAAAAGAUAGAAAUAAAUCUGAUGUGUCUGAAGAACUGAGAAGAACCAUCAAUAAAUGCCUCUCAAAUACAACGUCCAACUUUAAACUUUCAGAUUUGGUCAAACACUCUGGAAUCAAAAUAGACGAGACUGAUAGAUGUUGCAAAAAGGGACAUGAAAUGGCAAAGCAGAUAACAGCGUUACUAGAGAACAGCGAACUCUCCAAAAUUAAAGAAACAUUUCUGCCAUGUCAGGGUAAAUUGUGGCAUGAAUGGUGUCUAAAGAAUAAAGAGCUAUAUCGACCUCAAGGGAACAAUAUUGAAAUGCAUAGCAGCCAAAAGCAAAUGGAGAUGUGUAAGAUCAGAGAACAGCAGAGGGAACGUGGUCUCAGUACAUUCAUGAAGUUGUUUAUUGAAAAGCUCGACUCGGCGAAUGCUAAUGAGAAGAUGUAUUUCCUCAAAUGGCUUGGAUUCUUCUUGGAUGAAUAUACUUUAGAAGACCUCUCCACACUUCAUCUUAAGUAUGACGACAAGUGGUCAAAAGUGUUGCAUUUGAAAAAGAAACAUGAUAAAUCUGAGCAACUGAAAGUAGAACAAACACAACUUGAGGAAAUGUCAGAAGAAAUCAAUGCAGCAACGUUUGGCUUGGAGCACUUACUAAGAGAAAUUGGCCAGAUCUAUGAAUCGCAUGAAUCAGGCAAGAAAAACAAAGAAACAACCGGAUGUCAGUUUAAUGUGAGCUCUCUCCCAAGACUUGCGGCAGAGCUCAUGGUUUCUGGAUACCCAAUGGAGCUGAUGGACGGUGAUGCAGCUCAUGUUCCUCUGAUCUGGGUUAAAGCUGUUCUAGAUGAGCUUAUUAAGAUACUGGGAGAUAAAAGAGUCUUUGUGUUGUCUGUGUUGGGGAUUCAGAGUACUGGGAAAUCCACUUUGCUGAAUGCCAUGUUCGGACUGCAGUUUGCAGUCAGUGCUGGUAGAUGCACCAGAGGAGCCUUCAUGCAGCUUGUCAAGGUGUCUGAAGAACUGAAAAACCAUUUUAAAUUCGAAUACCUUCUGAUUGUUGAUACUGAGGGGCUUCGUGCUCUAGAACUGGCUGGCAGGUCAACAAGACAUCAUGACAAUGAAAUGGCAACGUUUGUGGUCGGUCUUGGAAAUAUGACGUUGAUCAACAUCUUUGGCGAGAAUCCGGCAGAGAUGCAGGACAUCCUUCAGAUUGUUGUUCAAGCCUUUCUGAGGAUGAUUAAGGUAUUACUGAAUCCCAGUUGUAUGUUUGUGCAUCAGAAUGUUGGAGAUAUCACAGCUGGUGAGAAGAACAUGGUAGGGAAAAGACGCUUACAAGAGAAACUAGAUGAGAUGACUCAGUUAGCGGCCAAAGAGGAAGUCUGUGAUGCAGAAUGUUUCAGUGAUGUCAUUAAAUUUGAUAUAAAGACUGAUGUAAGGUAUUUUGCCCAACUCUGGGAGGGCAGCCCACCCAUGGCUCCACCCAAUCCUCGCUACAGUGAAAAUGUGCAGGAACUUAAGGAUUCUAUACUCUCACACGCCUCGAAAUGUAAUGGUGUAACACUGACACAAUUCAGAGAUCGUGUUGGUGACCUCUGGAAUGCUCUUCUGAAUGAAAACUUUGUUUUCAGCUUCAAGAAUACUUUAGAGAUUGUAGUGUACAGGAAAUUAGAGGAGGAGUAUGCUAAGUGGACCUGGAGUCUCAGGAGUUCCAUGCUGGAGAUCGAAGACAAAUUACACAACAGAAUUAACAACAGACAAAUGCAUAAAGUUGAGAGUAGAGACCUGGAGCAGGAGAUGGCAAAGGUCAAUGAGGAGGUGAAAGAGUCUAUGAAGGUUUACUUUGAAGAACACAAAGAGAAAGAAGUUCUGAUUCAAUGGAGAAUGAAAUUUCAAGAAAAAAUUGAGCACCUGCAUGGAGAUCUUGUGAGAGAUGCAAAAAGGAAGCUGGAUAACAUCAGUCACCAAAGGGAAGCUCUCUCCAAACUUGAUGGGCAGAAAACAUUGCAUGAGCGAAAACUGCUUGACAAAAGCAAAGAGCUUGGGUUCAGUCUUAAACAAAAACAUCUAGAUGAGAAUGAGAUGAAGAUUGAAUUUGAUCAUUUGUGGGUAAAGUGGGUUUCUGAGCUGGCCGGGGAUAUUCGCCCUUUGGAAGAAGUAAAUAUAGUCAAUGAUAUAUUUACAAUUCUGGGUGAAAUUCAUGAAGUUGCACUUGUGCACGAGAGAUUAAGCAAAUUUGAAAGCAUAAAUCAAAUGACUGAUUUCACCAUAUAUGUAAAUCCCAUUAAAAUAUUUGGGAUCCGUUCAACUCAGCCAUUUGUUCUGCCACCAGAAGAACAAGAGUCAGUAAAAAAUCUGGUGCAGAGUAUUGUUCGUGGAACUGAGAACCAGGUUAAGUCAAAAUCAGUUGCAAAGAUGGGUUACAACAAAAGCUACAUUCAGGAAAUCGCUCAUUUUGUAAAAACGAAUGUUGGAAAACACAAGUGCCUUCACACACAGUAUGAAUUCAAGAAAGAGUUCACAGUGGAUUUAACACUAUUUAUGUGCAAGUUGGCAGGUGAGAGAUUUGCACAACUCCAUCAGGUGUUCAGAGAAGCUAAUGAUCCAUUGAUGUAUCUGGAGAAAAAGAAACCAGAAUACUUUAGUGUCUUUCAAGGGUUCUGUAGAGGUGCAACAUCUGCCGCAGUAUUUGGAGCUUUGAUUUGUAAUGAACUCAAAGAACCCAUUCUCCAGAGCGUCUACAACAAGACCGCAAAAGAUCUGGCAGGAGAGAUGCGGACAAAUAUUCCAGCUUUCACAGGCAACAGGUCAAACUUGGAGAAACACAUUCUGAAAAAACUUGCAGAGGAUGAGGACUUUGACAGCUUCAUGGAGUACAUUCUUUACCCUAGAGACCACUUUGAAGAGUUUAUUAAAGCUGAAGUUCAAGCAUACGUAACAAGACCGAAUUCCUCAGCUCUUACGAUGAUAAAAGUGAACAUUAGACACAAGGAGAACUCCAUUAUCAUUGCUGCUGAAACAGCAACAGCUGAAGUCUUGAGUAAACGAUGGGAUGCAAAUAUGUGGCUGGACGUUUUUUCAUGCUGUUUGAAAGAUGAGCUUCAGUACAAUAAAGAGCAUCUCACUGGAAACUGCUGUCAGGAUAUCACUGACUUUGAACUUCUGAAUGAGAUUGUGAAGAAAGAACUUCGUCCCAUCACAGAGGAGUUGAACAAAGGCUUGACAAACCCAUCUGAUAUCAAAAUGACAAUGUUUAGGAAACCCCCAGAUGAAAUUUUGAUUGAGCAUUUCUGUCAGUGCUGUUGGGUGAUAUGUCCUUUCUGUAAAGUGGUCUGUGUUAACACAAUGGAAGACCAUCCUGGAGAUCACAUUGCUCCCUUUCAUCGAAACUGUGGGAUGAAUGGGAUGAUUUACAGAGGUACCAAUAAUCUAAGCUUGAGUUUCUGCACAUCUGCAGUGGCCAGUGACCGUUCCUUUUACCCAUCUUGUAAUCCAGAUAGAAGAGUUCUGUGGAAGGAGUACAGAACAGCAAGUCCUAAAUAUUCAAGCUGGUGCAUCACACCUGAUCUCUCAGAGCUUCCCUACUGGAAGUGGUUUGUGUGUCAAUUUCAGGAUGAUUUGGAAAGUCACUACAGUAGAACUUUCAAGGGGAGUGGUACGAUUCCAAACAAUUGGAGGUACUUCACAAAAGAGGAUGCUCUUGAAAGUUUGAAUAAAUACAUAUAAAGUGAAGAGUUGAAGUUAACCCUAACCCUAAGACUCUAACUGGUGUUUUAUGUAUAUUUCGUUUUAAAUAUAUUUUAUAUAUAUUUUUGUUUUAUAUAUAUUUUUGUGUAUAUUUUGCUUAUACUAAAUGUACAGGUCAGUGUGCCCACUAAAUGGAUGAUAUAAAUUCAAGUGCUCUUAUCCAAAGCCAAUAAAGGGGGUGCAUAUAAAAAAGGAGCUUUCAAGGUUUAGUAGUACUCAAACUAUACUAUAUUUACUAUACUGUGGGCCAAUGGUUGGAAUUAUGUAAGACUGGGAAAGUUAUACCUAAAUUUAAAUAAAUUUGAUUCUGUUAUCUUCAUGUGCGUAAAUUAUUUUGAAUGACUAAGCCUAAAUUUACGUUUAUCGCUGAGCCAGGAGAAUUUUAACGUUAGGUUUGAUAAUUGCAAAUCAACCUUUGAUAACUUAAAAAAAAUUAUCUGAUGGCUUAUUAAAUUUCACAAAAAUAAAACUAUAAAAAAUAAAAAGCUAUAUUAACU